AUUUCACAUUUAUAAAUGUGGAUUACAGCAACAUAUGUACAAAAUAAUAAUGAUAAUAAUAGUAUCAGUAAUAGAGAAGAAUACUAAAAUAUUACAAAACGAUGUUUUGCAAUUGAUUUCGAAACCUUGUUAAAUUAUAGACUUAGUUUCAGGAAAGUGGAGGAAACAUUUCUCAUUAUUUCACGAUACGGACAUAUAUGGAUCCACCCCCUUCCCCUUACAUGAACGCGAUAUGCCAAUCAUUUCAAAUAAUCCCUUCCGAUUAUUUCCAACUAACAAUUUUAAUGCAACUAACUAUUCGACUAAAAUACAACCCUCUUUGUGGAAAAUUGCUUCGAAGAAAUGAAACUCUAUAGACCGGAAAACGCAUUUGGUAUGAAUUUACGGACAUUUAAAAUAUUCGGUGUCUGGCCAUCCUCAGUAAAACAUCCAGUUUUAAGAUUUUUUCACAAUCUUUAUGGUUAUGCUAUACAUUUUUUUUAUAUUGCCAUUCUAUUACCGGCACAAUUUAUGAGUAUAUAUAUUAUGCGAAAUAAUGUACAAGAACUUGUGGAUAGUUCUUUUUUCACAUUGAGUUGUAUUGCAUAUGCAUCGAAAUUUAUUGUUUUUAUAUCUCGACGUAAAACAGUGGAAGAAUUUUUUCAACGAUUACACGAUCCAAUUUUUAUUCCACGACGAAAGGAGCAUUUUGAUUUAUUAGAAGAAUCAGCAGAUACAGCAAGAACAACUUCUAUGACAUUACUCUCAAUAGCAAUGACAACAUGUAUUACCUGGAUUAUUUUUCCAUUGGUCGAAAAUAAAGAGGAGAAAACAUUAUUGUUUGUCGCAUGGUAUCCUUAUAAUACAACAAUAAAUCCAGCUUAUGGUUACACUUAUUUGUCACAAACACUUCUUUUAUUAACAACAGCUGCUAUGGAUACAAUGAUUGACAUGAUGACGACAAAUUUUUUUAUUCUUAUGGUGGGGCAAAUUGAAAUUCUUAAACUUGAUUUUCGUGAAUUAACUGAUUUUGUUGUUAUCAAUCAUUCGGAAAUUACAACAAAUGGAUGGUCUAAUGAAAAUUCAGUCAAGUGUGAAAAAUUUCAUUCAAACAGAAAAGAAUUAACUCAUGAAUUUAAUACAAAAAUACCAUACGAUUUGUAUUUAAAAUCGGUCAGCUCUGUUAAAAAUGUUUUUUAUGACAAUGACAAUUCAUUAGACAUAAUACUAAAUAAUCGGAUUAUCAAUUGUACUUUACGAUACGAGGCAAUUAUCAAAUUUGUUAAUGACGUAACAAAUUUUUUUCAAAUUGGAAUUGUGGUACAAGUUUGCGUGACUAGCAUUAUAUUUUGUACUACAACUUAUGAAAUGACAUCGAUCUCGCCAACUACAUUACAAUUUUACAUGCUCCUACAAUAUCAAUUAUGCAUCUUGUAUCAAAUAUUCAUUUUUGCUUGGCGCGGAAAUACUAUUACCAUAAAGACUGCAGAGCUGAGGGAUGCAAUUUAUGAAUGUGGAUGGAUAUCCGUACCAAAUGUAAAAUUCAGAAGAUCACUUUGCAUUAUAAUGUCACAAUUGCAAGUUCCAUUAACACUGCGUGUUGGAAAAUUCUUUUUAUUAUCAGUCGACACUUACUUGAAAAUAAUAAAAUUAGCCUACACGUUUUACGUUCUUCUAAAACAAGUUAACAUCAAAAAGGAAUUGCAGCAAAAAUGAAACAUACUUUAAUAUAAUGUUCAAAACAUUUCAUCGCUGAAGUGAAAAUUUCAUUUUAUAUUAGGUAUUUAGAUAAUAUAUGUAUAAUUAAUUAUUUUCAUGUAAAAUAUCAAACGCAAAAACCAUAUGACCUCUAUAUUCUUA